GUCAGCAGAACGUCGAGGAGCGCGCGAACUUCGCGACAGAUAUAUGUGAUAAUAUACAGGACCAUUUCAAAUUAACUAGUGCAAACCUUUAACAUUUUCAUGUAGCGGCAUUGCAUAGAAAGUUUUUUCUUAUUUUUUUUUGUUUGAUGCUCGCUUACUUACCUAAUCUUAGUGUUUGUGUCAAUCUUUAUCGUUAGUAAGACAAAAAAAAGUUUGUGAUGAUAAUUCUGCGUUGACAAACAUUUACAAGAAAACAGGAUUUUUUGGAUUACUUCUGACCAAAUCACUUCAUUGGAUACUUAUCAAUAGAUUGCAUCCCAUCCUGCUCGAACAUGAAGUCUCCAUCCGCAGCUACCGAUGAUUGCGACGAUAUCUUCGGGCCACCACGCACCUACCCUACCGGGUACAGUCCCCCAAAGAGCCGCCUCUCCAUGAUAUCCCCCAAGUAUCGCCAGAAGGAGGAACAGAGAAAGGCUUGGAAGAUCAGCUUCAACAAACUCAGUAAAAUAGACGACAAGGAAGAAUGUCUCUGUAGAUGGGUGAUGAUUAGAAACGUCAAGAAAAGGUUGGAACAAGAAACUAUGAAUGAAACCAUCCUAAAAACCCAGGUUAGUUACCCUCGGUAUGACAACGAUAACUACCUGAGUCUGAAGAGUGAUUUUAUGUUCAAGAACGUUACAAGUUACGGUGAUUCUCACUACUAUAACAGCUCUGAAGAUUCCUUCGUGGUUGAGCCAGAUUUUGAUGCCAAAUUAGCUGAGGAAAUCAACGAAGUCAACGCCAAGACCAUGGAAGCCAUAGGAAAUUUCGUAGAGGGCAAUUUGGGUAGUUCAAACCUACCUAGUGAAGAACCUGCUCCCGAAAACGAAAGAUUUACUUCAGGGAAGAGAUCCUUCGACGAUUUGGAGGAUUGUGACGUUCAAGACGUCUUGUCCCAACUAUACAUGCCACCUACUCCUAGAAUGCUCACCACCAUCGACGACGACGAGGGCGAGCCAACUCCAAAGCGAAUAAAGAUGGAUUUACCUCCAACAGAAGAUUCCAUAAGUGUUAGACUAGAUAAAUCUAGUUGUGAUAAAUCUGUUUCGGAGUUUAGUGUUAAUAGCUUUCUUAACAAUAACGUCUCCUCGUCAGAGGCCAGACUGAGGUACCUAAGCACGCAAAAUGAAUCGGACUCAAAUCCAUACAGUUGUGGUCACGCUUCCAUGUUCAGUGAAUUACAGAACAACGUUUAUCACAAUCUAAUCGCAUCACUAGAAACGUAGCUUCUCAAAGAACACUCCUAGACAACGAUAAUUGCUUUUUUAAUUAUUUAUAUUGUGAUAGUAUGAUAAUUCGUACUUCUUUUUAAAGCCAACAAAGGUUGUAAUUUGUUUUGGAAAUGUUAUGUUGCCUAGGAAAGAAGCUCCAAAGGCAUUACACAAAAGUUCUUUCAAACCAUGUACAACAAAGCACAAAAAUAAUGAAACUAUUACGAAAUGAUCCUCUACCAGAAAAAGUACGUUCCAAUAAAAACAAAAAAUAUAUUAAUAAUUAUAAUAACAUAAUACUUCAUUUGAAAAGUCUCUUCAUUUCCUACGCAAUUGUACUUUAUUUUUAUUUUAUAAAAUAUCUCUAAAAUUAUUUUCAAUCUUUCUGUAAGAGUGCAGCAAAAGGAAUGAUUUUCCAAUUCAACAAGUUAAAAUGAAUUAAGCUUUAAGGCAUUAUUUAAAAUUAUGAAUUAAUUUAAUUAAUAACAGAUAUGUGAGAAUGGUUUUUGAAAAUAUUCAUGUUGUAUAAAAUUAAAUGGUUUUAAACAACGCAUCGAAAGACGGAAAUUUUUAUAAAUUUACAGAAUGCAUUGUAAAACGCAUAGCAAUGUAGAAGAAAAUGGACUUUUCAGAUGAGGUAUCAUUUUACCAUCAUUCCAAUUAAAUCUUUUAUGGUAGGAGUUGCCGAAAAAUUAACUAUAACGAUCAUUUUUUCAAAACUCAAUGCAUAGCAACAAAUUUACUUUGUUCACGCGUAAGAACUCAUAUGACGUAUUGCACCGCAAUAAACUGUUCAUCAUUCAAUAAAUUUGUAAAUACCUGUAUCAACUCAUAACUACAGCAGUUGUUAAAAAUUUAUCAAAAAUUGCUGAUGUUUCUAUUCGAGUAUCUGGUGCAUUUUUCCCAAAAUAUAUAAUUAUAUUCAUUAUUUUUGAGUUUACUUGAAAAUUUUUCCCACUCAAUACCUACCAACGGGCAUCAAUAAAAUAAUUCUUAUAACAAUACUUCUCGAUUCCAUAUUUGUGUAACGGCCUUUGGAAAGCUGUACAAUCGAUGUUUAACAUGUAUAAGAAUACAGCUCUCUGCUCAUAAAAAUGUUGUACCUUUUCCUACUAGGCACUUAUUGCAGGUUGAAUAUAGACAUAUUUUUUUCAUCAUACAAGAGACGGCGACUUACAAUCGGUAAUGUGCUACCGAAGCGACGCCGACCUAAAAAAUUUAAUUUCUUUAGUGGCACACAAAAACGAAUACACUUAUUUGAAGUGAGCAGCUAAGGAAACCGAGCAGUGCUUCUACCUUGUCGAUUUAGGUAUAUACAUGUAGAGAGCAAUUCAAAUCUGUGAUAUUAUAUCUUAAUGAGAUGUGUUGAACUUAGAUUAAUUUUAACAAAUCUUGUAAAUUGUUAACCUAACUUAGAUUUUAAAGUUGUACAGAUGAGGCUUGUGUGAUUUGUAAAGCUCGUACUUCAGAAGUAUAUAAUUUUCUAGAGGCAGUAAGUCCUGCGGCUUUGGUAGAUACGUGUCCCCCACGUUCCACAUUCAUAUCAGAGUAUGAAAGCAGCUUAUACUAGAUAACAUAUUUUUUAAAAAAUGAAUUUUUAUAACGAUUUUGGAUUUUUAUAUACCUGCCAAAUCAAAAUAUUUUUGACAUAGACAAAUCUCUAAUAUAUUUUAGUAGUUUUCUAUUAUUGACUUAAUGAUUAUUAUUAUUUGUUAAAAUUGUUAUUUUAACUGCAUUUUUUUUUAUAAAUAUUUUUUAUUGUAAAAGGUCCUGCCAUAUUUUUGUAUUCAUUGUAAUCAAAAUUGGACAUAUCUUUGAUUAGUUUAAUUUUUCAUUAUGUUAUGUUAUUUUUAAUUAAUUAUUAUUUUUAUUUAUUCUAAAUCGCAUAGAAACAUUGUUUAUUAUACAAAUUUGUUUUGUAAGAUACCAUUUUUAAGAAAUCAGGAGGAAAAUAAUUGUAAUAAGAACUAUUUUUGUUGAUACCAAACGAAGAAUGUUACCAUGCUGACAUACCAGUCCUGUAUAAAAUUUCUAUAUUAUGAAUUAUUAUACUGUAUAUGUACAUUAAGCAUUAUCUAUUAUCAUGGAUAUGCAAUAAAGUACCUGAAAAAUGACAAUUCAUUCAUUUUUUAUCAUCCGUUAUCCCUAAGAAAAGUUGGUUUAACAUCAACUACUUUCC